ACAACCCGCAGAUCCUGCAACGAGAGGGACGGGGGGAAAAGGAACCGGAGGCUGCAGAGGUAGACGUGGGGCUGGGAGGGAAGGAGGGGUGAGGAGGCAGCUCCGCUGUGUCACGUAUGUCACAGCCCUGGAGCUGCCGCGGUGGCCUCGGGAGGCUCAGGGGGGUCCUGGGCCACGCACAGAGGGAGAAGGGGAGCGGGGCAGGGGGUGUGGAGGCGGCAUCCCGAAGGCGCAACCCUCUCGGGUGGGCUCCCCCCCCAUCACCGUGUCACCGUCAAGCGGGCGUCCCCACGGCAUCCCGGCCGGACUCUGCCCGGAGCUCUGAGCCCACCGGGCCAGCCGGGAUGUCCCUCCCCAUCGGCGCUACCCGAGGCGUCCCCAGAAGAUCGCUCAGCGUUCAGCUCCCCGCCCCGCAGCUCUCCCCGCGCCGCGCACCGCCAAGUCCGGGGGGCAGCAGCAGCAGCAGCGCCCCGCAGAGCUCCGGCUGCGGGGAGCGGAGAGACGAUGCCCCCGGGGGGGGGAAGCGGACCCCGGGGAUCUCCGGCUCCGCGCCCCGGCCCCGCAUCGCCGAGCCGAGCCGAACCGAACCCGAACGGCGCCGUGCCCCGCUGCCCGCUGCCGGCCCUACCUGCACCGCGCCGCCGCCGGUCCCGUCUGCAGCCGCCGCCGCCGCCGAAGCGCGGAGCCGCGGGGGGCGGGAGGACGAGCGCCCCCUCCCCGCCCCCGGCCCCGCCGCCCGCCCCCGGCCCGGCCCCACGGCCCCGCGGGUGGCGGUGGGCGGCGGAGCGAGCGGGGCCCGGAGAGGCGGCCACGAGGUUGAAGUGGGGGGGUGGGGGUGGGGGGUGAUGCGCUGACGGAGCUGCUAACGAAGAGAUGGGUCGGGGGCUGAGACAGAGACACCCCUUGAGGUAGGCAGGCAGAAGGCACCAUCGUGCCAGGACGGGUGUAUGAGGAACAGGUUGCCCAGGGAGGCUGUGGAUGCCCCAUCCCUGCAGGCAUUCAAGGCCAGGCUGGAUGUGGCUCUGGGCAGCCUGGGCUGCUGGUUGGUGACCCUGCACAUGGCAGGGGGUUGGAACUCAAUGAGCACUGUGGGCCUUUUCAACCCAGGCCAUUCCAGGAUUCUAUGCUCAGCCACACUGUAAGGACAGGUGUACCCCACACCCAUGCGGGGCCACGGCUGUGCCGCUCUGCUCUCAUUACAAAGGGCUCUGCCACGCCACGGGAGGGAUUUGGGGCCGGUGCAGCAACAAAGGCGCUGAGAUGUGGCCAGGUAAGAGGCUUUGGGGUUUAGCCGGCCGUUCCCACAGCACGGCUGCUUUUUUUCCUCCUCUUUUUCAAGGGGCAUUAUUUUUGUAAUCCCGGCUGCUGGAGGCCGGGCGCUGGAGCAGAAGGAAGCAGGUAAUGGGGUGAGCCCCAGCAGCGGCCCCGAAGGAACGGCUCCUUUUGAGAAUCGCUCUUCUUGGGAAUGGCUCCAUCGGGAGGCGGUGCCCGCAGGGCACUACCCGGGGCUCAGUGAGAGCCCAGCCGAGGGAUGGAGGCACUGAGCCUUAUGGGGACGCUCAGUGCACCCGGAGGACGGCCGUGUCCCUUCGCCCCGUAUCAGGGGAUGGGGUUUGUCCUUGUGCCCGUCCUCGUGCCGUUGUUUGCUCCGUAUUUAAUCGGCGACUGAGCAGCAGCUCUCCCGGCGAGGCCCCGCCGUCCGUCACGUCCCCCUUCCAGCCCGUUUCCGAGCAGAAAGCAAACAAAACGGGACUCGUCGUUCGUCCCUUCGUUAAGCCCUCACUCACCGCCGUGUCCUAAGAGCAAACGGCACCGCGCCAUCCGACGGGUCAGCUCCGCUCACGGGCGGCCGAGGGGUGGGAAAGGCAACGGUGGCUCCAUGGGCUCAUCCCACGCAGGGAUGGGGCUCGGGAUGCUCCGUGCCGCGGCCCUCCGUGACGCCCCGGUGGGAGGGAACGGCCUGAGGAGCGCAUCCCGUCGCAGCAGGGCAGCCCCGUGCCUGCCCAUACGGUCCAGCUGUGCCGAGAAAUAGGUUGGCUUAAAAAAUGCAUCACUUUGAAGUUAUGUAAAUGCAGCAGCAAGCGGAGCGGAGCUGGCAAAAAGGUUCCCUUUCCCCCCCCCCUUCCCUCCUUCCUUGCUGGCUUCCUCCGGUUAAAAUUGGGUUGCAAAUCAUUAAUAAAG